GGCAAGUGUUUCCAGACUCUAGAGAGGACGUGACGUCACAGCUCCUAAUCCCUUACUGCGACUUGAAGGAGGCGGGAAGGUGAUCUUUGCCCCCACUUGCUUCUUUCCUGACCGCUGCAACGUGCUUGUCCUCUUCCGCCCGACGUCUGCACACGACACGCCACGGAAGUACGACGAGGAAAGACAAAAAGAAAGAAGGUGACGUCCUUUCACCUAACCAGCAAAAGGUCACCCGACUGGAGCGCCGCCACUUUGACCUUUUCACACCUGGCACUUGCUGUUGACGUCCUCCAAGGCGAUGAACGCUGACGCACCGAUCCACGACGACGAAGGCGCCGCUAAAAAGAUGGCGGGUGUGUUUGGGAUGUUCCGUAAGAGCAUCCGUCAGGCAACGGAGAAGAGCCCGCGCCUGCCUGGACAGAGAGGGUCAAAGGUCAGCGAGUCGGGGUCUGAGCACUCCAAAGCUCCGCCCUCUCCCAGUGUCACAUCUCCUCUGAGGAGCGUGGCGGCGCUCUUCCAGGGGAAAGACGAGGACGGCGAGAAAGGAGGAGCCAUGAUGCGUUCAAAGACAGAUCCCAACAUGGCCACUCUCUUCAAGAAGGGGGCGUCCAUCCGCCGCAGCCUGAGGUUUGUCUCCAGGAAGGACAAGAAGCAGGAGGCCUCCCUCGCCGUCCAGGAGGGGUCGUCCGAGGAGGAAGAGGCGGAGGAGGUGGAGGAGACUUACACGCUGCCCGAGUUACCUCACACACCUCUGUCAGUGAUGCAGAUCAACAAGCUGAUCGAGAUGGAGGUCUUGGAGGAGGCCCACCUCAACCUGCUGGCCCUGCGCCUGGAGUUCCAGCAGGAAUGGCAGCGCAGCGGCCAGGACUCGCCCAUGGAGCUGGCCAAGAAGGAGAAGGACCUGAGCAUCCUCUACUCGGACCUGCGCCGCAAGAUCGCCUCCAUCGUGCGUACCUCCGUCUCCCUGCCCUCCAGGAACAAGGGCCUCCUGGUCCACGUGGCCCGCAUUGUCCAGGAGGAGGACAAGCGGGCUCAGGAGCCUGGGGGUCUCCAAGGGAGCUGGAUGGAGGCCUGGAGGGAGGCGGUGGGGGAGGGUGUUAGGGACAAAGUGGAGAGCGUGCACCUGGAGCAGAGUCACUUGAACGCCUCGUGGCUGGCCGUGCACCUGGGGCUGCUGGGCAAGGCCGUGGUGGAGGACCUGGAGACCGUGAAGAGGGACAUCCGCUGGUCCUACCCCCGCAGCUUCAAGGUCUUCAGCACCUACGUGGAGCGCUACCACGCCGCCAUCAAGCAGCACCUCAACAAGCUGCUGCAGCAGUCCACGCACCUCAAGGACCUCUACGCUCUGCUGGACUGGAUCGUCCACCGCUACCACAGCGAGAGGAUCAUGGGAAGUCCCGCCCUCCAGCCUGACAUGUCAGAGGAAAAGGAAAAUCUGCAACUGGAUGAGGACUUCCUGCUGCAGCUGAGAGAGAAGUUCUGCAUCACAGUGAAGGAGGACAUGAGAGCUUUUAUGAUUCGCCUCAUUGAGCUCGAAAACGAGGAAAUGUGGACGGUCAGGAAGCGCCCCGACAGAGAGGAGGACUUCCUCAACUCGCACUUCCACAUGGACAUCUGGACGAAAGUGAAAGGGAACGUCGUUAACGCCCAACGCAUCGACGCUCAACUGGAACGCAAAGUAAUCACCUCCUGUCUGCAAGAGUUACGCGAUUUCCCAAAGAGGUUUAAUGCUGCCUUCCAACUUCACUGCUCGCCCCUGCGUCCUCAGUCGCUGUGGAGCGAGUACAACAUCACUUACAUCAACGGCUUCACCGCCUUACUGCAGCACAUGGAGGACUACCAGCAUCAGUGUGCCGAUCUUGUGGAGGCCAUGAAGGAGGAGGUGCGGUGUCUCCACUCCAAGCUCCUGCAAGGCCUGGCGGAGCAGUUUAAGGUGGAGAUCAAGCCUUAUUUAGGGAGGAUGAUGACCAGGAAGUGGCUCACUAACGACGAGGACUUUAAUCAACUUUACGACCGCAUCGAGCUGCUGUCUCAGCAAUGCGACGCCAUGAUGCCGCCGCAUAGCCAGGAUCUUGCUAGCGAGCUGCACCACUACGUGAUGAAGGAGUACGUGGGCCAGCUGAUGAAGAACAAGUACUCGUGCAAGAACCGCAAACACGAGAAGGCGGCCGGCAAGAUGAGAGCGCAGUGCUCCAAGCUCAGAGAGCUCUUCCAAGACAUGAGGUCGUCAAAGGACUGGCUCUACCCUGUGGGAGACCAUCUGAGUGACAUCAUCGGUGAGAAGAACAAGGCGAACAUCAAGAACCGCCUGCAGCCUCUGCUGGAACAAUACCCUGACUUCAGUUCCAGACACCUGACGGCAGUCCUGGCCUUCCGAGGCCUGCCGAGAGCUCGCGAGCAUCAGCGGAUCCUGCUGAGUCUGGGCCGGCUGAGGAAGACCAGGACCUUCAAAGACUCUGACCAAAGUCGCGUGGAUUUCUUCGGCGGCAUGGAGGUCACGGUCCGCACAGACUGCCUGUCCCGCCUGUCCUUCUUCUGCUUCACCGCCGUGUUCCCCGGCAACUAGCCACGCCCCCUGGCUCUUCCAGCAUGAAACCGGUUGCUCGACCGAGAACUGGGUCAACGUCUGCUUUGUGUCGGAAACAAAGUGCUUGGGAUUCUUUGGCCAGGAGCGUGAUGAUGGUUUACACCAGGGGUGUAGUUGAGGGCCACUUCCCAGUUAUGGCUGUCCUCACAGGGCCAUUUUAAUUGAUGUGGCGCACGACAUUUAAUGAUGUGGUGGUCAUCAUUAAAUGACAUGGCGGACUACAUAAAAUGUGGUGACAGGCCACAUUAAAUGAUAUGGCAGACUACAUGAAAUAAUGUGAUGGUCCGUAUUAAAUGACAUGGCGGACUACAUCAAAUGAUGUGACAGACUACAUAAAAUGAUGUGAAGGGCCACGAUAAAUGAAUGGCGGACUACAUAAAGUGAUGUGACGGGCCACUUUAAAUGAGAUGGUGGACUACAUAAAAUUAUGUGACAGGCCACAUUAAAUGUCAUAGUGGACUACAUAAAAUUAUGUGAAGGGCCGCAUAAAUGAUAUGGCGGGCCACAUAAAAUUAUGUGAAGGGCCACGAUAAAUGACAUGGCGGACUACAUAAAAUGAUGUGACGGGCCGCCACAUUAAAUGACAUGGCGGACUACAUAAAAUUAUAUGACGGGCCACUUUAAAUGUCAUCGUGGACUACAUGAAAUGAUGUGACGGGCCACUUUAAAUGACAUGGUGGACUACAUAAAAUUAUAUGACGGGCCACGUUAAAUGUCAUAGUGGACUACAUGAAAUGAUGUGACGGGCCACUUUAAAUGACAUGGUGGACUACAUAAAAUUAUGUGACAGGCGACAUUAAAUGUCAUAGUGGACUACAUAAACUUAUGUGACGGGCCACUAUAAAUGAUAUGGCGGGCCCCAUAAAAUUAUGUGAAGGGCCACUUAAAUGAGAUGGCGGACUACAUAAAAUUAUGUGACGGGCCACUUUAAAUGACAUGGCGGACUACAUAAAAUUAUGUGACGGGCCAAUUUAAAUGUCAUAGUGGACUACAUAAAAUGAUGUGACGGGUCACUAUAAAUGAUAUGGCGGGCCACAUAAAAUUAUGUGAAGGGCCACGAUAAAUGACAUGGCGGACUACAUAAAAUGAUGUGAUGGGCCACAAUAAAUGAUAUGGCCGACUACAUAAAGUGAUGUGACGGGCCACUUUAAAUGAGAUGGCGGACUAAAUGAAAUUAUGUGACGGGCCGUCACAUUAAAUGACAUCGCAGACUACAUAAAAUGAUGUGACGGGCCACAUUAAUGAUAUGGCGGACUACAUAAAAUGAUGUGGCGGGCCACAUUAAAUGAUAUGUGUACUACAUAAAAUGAUGUGACGGGCCACAUUAAAUGAUAUGGUGUACUACAUAAAAUGAUGUGGCGGGCAUCAUUGAAUUAUAUGGCAGGUUACAUUGAAUGAUGUAACGAACCACACCGAAUGAUAUGGCAGACUACAUAAAAAAAUGUGGCAUGCCACCUAAACGACUUGGACUACAUAAAAAAAACGUGGCAGGCCACCUUAAACGACUUGGCAGACUACAUAAAAUGAGGUGGCGGCAUCAAUAAAUGAUAUGGCGGACCACUAUCACACUUUCAUUGCUUCCUUUGGACUCGUAUUGAGCAAUCAAAAACUAGAGAACUGCUACAAAAAGAUAAUAAAACCCUUUAAAAGACCACCAAGUAGCAACAGUAGCUAUUAGGGGCGUCAAAAAAAAUCGAUCUUCGAAUGAUUCCUAUUAACAAUUAUUAAUCGAUUUAAAAAAAUCUAUUUUACAUUUUGUAUUUAUUUUUUUAUUUUUUUUAAUCUGUCCACUCAGACAAAUCAUCAUGUUGAUGUAGAUGAUCUAUAUCUGCUGUACACAUUGACUUUAGAAAAGAGAAGUGUUGGAUACUUCUCCUGUUGCCUUAUUUGUAUUGACUUUAUUCAAUGUUUGGGUAGAAUUUUAUUAAAACUAGAGAUGUCGAUAAAUGCUUUAAAAUGUAAUAUCGGAAAUUAUCGGUAUCGUUUUUUUUUGGUGUUUUUUUUAAUUAUUAAAUCAACAUAAAAAACACAAGAUACACUUAUAAUUAGUGCACCAACCCAAAAAAAAAAAAAAACUCCCUCCCCCAUUUACUCAUUCACACAAAAGGGUUGUUUCUUUCUGUUAUUAAUAUUGUGGUUCCUACAUUAUAUAUCAAUAUAUAUCAAUACAGUCUGCAAGGGAUACAGUCCGUAAGCACACAUGAUUGUGCGUGCUGCUGGUCCACUAAUAGUACUAACCUUUAACAGUUAAUUUUACUCAUUUUCAUUAAUUACUAGUUUCUAUGUAACUGUUUUUAUAUUGUUUUACUUUCUUUUUUAUUCAAGAAAAUGUUUUGAAUUUAUUUAUCUUAUUUUUUUUAUUUUUUUUAAGGACCUUAUCUACACCAUACCUGGUUGUCCAAAUUAGGCAUAAUAAUGUGUUAAUUCCACGACUGUAUAUAUCUGUAUCGGUUGACAUCGGUAUCGGUUGAUAUCGGUAUCGGUAAUUAAGAGUUGGACAAUAUCGGAUAUCGGCAUAAAGCCAUUAUCGGACAUCCCUAAUUAAAACCAAUUUUAUUUUGAGUAAAUGUAUCAGAGUUGUUAUCUAUUUUAUGGAGGAAUGUAGUUAAUGGCAUUUAAUGUUAUUAAAAAGUAUUUAUUUUGAAUUGAGAAAUGUGAAUCGAAUCAUUACCCCCAAGAAUCGAAUUGACUCGUGUGGUCCUGUUGUCGCUAAUUAAAAAAGUGUAAGUGGAAAUUUCCUCUCUACUUUAAGUUUGACCGCCAUCAAGUUACCGACAUGUGACGUGCUUUGGUGCUUCUGUGGUUAUCAUCACACUUGCCGGCUCAAAUUCCCACCGAGCUGCGGCGUGUAGGACAAUGAUGCUGUUGCCAUGGUGACGGACC